AUGUUGUCUGCUUAUGCCAGGUUUAUUGUCCGUCAUUCAUAUUUUUUCCUUUUCACCAUAGUUGUAACCUCCACUAUACUUACUGUCAUUCCACUAAUCUAUCACGAACUGCCUUCAUUCUCCGAUCCAGUGGUUGGGUUCGAAACUAGAGGAACAACUUUAGCGCACCGUUUUAUAGCUUGGGAAAAUCUUAUUGAUGAGACAAGACCUUCAAGAAGGCUGGCUGUAAAUCCUAAAGAAAUAGAGGAUCAGCUACGUAUGAAUCAAACUUAUUAUAACAAUAGACUAAAACAUGACAAAACUAGAUUGGGUCAUAAACACUCGAAGAAAGAGCAUCAUAAGAAGAAAAAGCUCAAUAACAGUACUUUUGCAAAGACUUCAUAUAAUUCGCCAGAACAGAAUACAUCAUUAGAUCAUGUACAUUGGGGAUAUGGAAAAAAUGUUUCCAUUGAAGAUGAAAAUGUAAUUUAUCUAAAAAAUCACACAAGAAAACAAUGGAAAUCACUCAAAAAUAUGCAACAGAAUCCAGACUACUUACAUCAUAAUUAUGCUUCUGGUGUCUGUGGUGCACCAGCUGGAGAUUACGCUCACAUCGUAGUUACAUCCUCAGAUAAUAAAUCUAUGCUUUCAUUUGAAAAUGUAGAGAAGGUUUGUCAAUUGCAGUCAUUGCUUAUUGAAAUAGCUGAAGAUGAUUUCUAUAAACUGUGCCAAAGGUCUGCACACUCAGAAGACAAGUGCUGCCCUAUAUGGAGUGUGCCAAAUUAUAUAGCUUUAAUAUCUGGUAAGAACUCGUGUGAAAAUUUAACUAGGGAAGAUGUUAAAAAUGUUGUAAAUAUUUUAAAGAAGUGUGCAGGUUAUUUUCAUAAUUUCACUCUAAUGGCAUCAUGUGACAGAGAUAGGUGUAGAGUUCCAAAAUAUUGUGCCCAGUAUGACGCUGUGUAUAAUUUGUUAUUCUAUAUAAUAGACUCUGAUGCCUUUUCUCCACCUACAUAUUCUGCGACAUUUGUGAAAAAUGUGAUGAUAUUUCUGCCUUUGCCAACUAGUAGCACUAUAUUGCCAUAUUAUAUGAAACUACAAGAAACUGAUUUAAUAUAUGAUACUCUUUCAAUGCCAGCAAUGGAUUUGGGGUUAAAAAAUGCUUUAUUUGACUUAUGGAUUAUUGAAGAUACUUGGCUCAUGGGACUGGGAGGUCUCUUUGUAUUCUUGUGUGUCUGGGUAUAUACUAAAUCCCUAGUACUAACUAUAUUGCUGUUUACAGCUAUCACUUAUUCUAUUGGCAUAGCAUAUUUUCUCUAUAUAUAUGUUUUCAAUUUGGAAUUCUUUCCAUUCAUGAAUUUAUUAGUUAUAGUUAUAGUGAUCGGAAUUGGAGCUGAUGAUGCAUUUCUUUAUGUCAAAGUUUGGAAAAUGAUAAGUAAACAACUUAUUAGAGAUAAUGUAGUUAGUAAUGAUAAUGGCUUAACAGAUAUUAAAAAUGUUUCAAGUGCAGGUGAGACUAUACUUGUGCAGAUAUUAGAGGAAACUUUGAAACAUUCAAUCACAGCUAUCUUUGUCACUACUUUGACAACUGCGGUUGCAUUUUAUGCCUCAUAUGUGAGUUACAUUCCAGCCAUAAAUUGUUUUAGUGUCUUUGCAGGCACUGCAGUAUUAGUUAACUUUUUGCUUAUGGUAAGUUGGCUGCCAGUAUCAGUAUUUAUAAUAGAUGUAAAAUUAUGUAUAAAUAAAACAGUAUUGCUAGGUGCAAUUAGUAAAACUAUUAAUGAAAUUGGAGAGGAUAUCAAAGUUAUUCUUAACCGAUUUAUUAUCACUUGUAUAAUGAGGUUGCACAUAUUAUUUGUAGUGAUUUUGGGUGCUAUUGGAGUCUGCAGUGUUGUAGUGGUAUUUUACUAUCCCGGACUUCAACUGCCAGAUUCAAAACAGUUUCAACUUUUUCAAACAUCCCACCCUUUUGAGCAGUAUGAUAUGAAUUAUAGAGAAAAAUUUUUGUUUGAAAGAUUUGGCAGUGAUAUCGGAAUUGGGAGCAAAAUGCCUCUGAGAUGGAUUUGGGGUGUCAAAGCCAUUGAUAAUGGCAAUCAUAUGGAUCCAUUUUCGAAAGGUAAACUAAUUUUUGAUGAAAAUUUUAGUAUAUCAAAUCCAAAAUCUCAGGUUUGGUUAUUAGAAUUCUGUGCCAAAAUCAAAAGACAGUCAUUUUAUCAACAAAUGUUAGGUCCACUAUUACCAAAUUGCUUUAUUGAAAGCUUUAAAAUGUAUAUGAGCCGGCGAUGUAUAGAUAAUAUAGACAACAUAAACAGGACACCAUGCUGUGAAUCAUCACAAUUUCCUUAUACCAAAGAAGUAUUUGACUUUUGUAUAAUUAAAGCAGUAGAAUCUCUUUAUCAAACACCUCGUGAAAUUUUUAUGCCAGGAGUUGCAGGUCCUAAAUUUUUGAGAAGUGCCCACCCACCUUCAGUUGCAGCCAUAGUUGUGGAAUAUGAAAGUGUUAUACCAUAUUCAAUGUCUUAUAGAGAAAUGGAUAAAUUCUUUAUUGAAGUGGAAAACUGGACCAGAAAAGAACUAGGCGAUGCACCUCCAGGCAUGAAAUGUGGAUGGUUCCUUUCUGAUCUUCAAUUUUAUGAUCUCCAAGGCACUUUGGCUGGUGGCACUGUGAUAGCGAUGAUGCUUUCGGCUGGUUUAGGUUUCAUUGUCCUAAUACCAUCUACGUUUAGUUGUAUUGUAAGUGUUUCUGCACUACUAGCGAUGAUUUUUUCAUCGACUGUUACGAUAGCUAUACUCGUUUUGAGUGGUUGGAAAUUAAAUGUAUUGGAAAGUGUGGCAAUAUCGACGUCAGCAGGGUUAGCUGUAGAUUUUAGUUUACAUUAUGCCUUGAGUUACACAAAUGCAAGUGGCACAAAGUCUACUAGAGUUAAAUUUGCACUUUCGGCCUCUUCAGGGCCGACAGCGGCCGCAUCAUUAACGAGUGGGUUCGCUGGAAUAUUUCUUUUACGUUCAAAUCUUCUUCCAUACUCCCAAAUCGGCACCUUUUUAACCUUAAUCAUGUCAGUUAGUUGGAUUUAUGCAACAUUUUUCCUUUGCGCUUUACUAAACGUUUUCGGACAAAGUUCUUCGAAAGAUCCACCAACGGAAGAAAGAAAAUCUAUUUCACGUGUAAGUUCUAUUUGUUCUGUUGUACCCAAUUUAGAAAGUCACGAACUAGAACAUUUAGCUGACAGCAAUCGAACAAAUAUUACCCAUUCUCAUAGCCCCUCCAGUGUAAGCGCAACAACUGUUGUGAUUCAUGAUGAUUACGAAAACUCGUUGAGUAAAAUCGAUAAGAAACCUUCUGUUGACUUAAAUAACGAC